AUGUCAUUACCUCGUGUCUACACAGUGGGAACAUCUAAUAUAGCAUCAGCGCUUGCAUUCGACAUCGCAAAGAUACCGACACAGCCUACUAUUCCUAAUGUUGUUGUACUUCUACAGGACUCAAAGCUUUUAACAAAGUUCACUGAUCAAAAUUCAAAGUUAACGGUGUUUCGCAAAACUCCCGAAACAAGACAGUUCAUGGCAUCGUGUGCCCCGCCAAAAUUGGCUACCGGUGCAAUAACAGCAAUUGAUAACCUUAUAGUUGCUGAAGCCACAAAUAAGUCAUUCACUAUGACGUUUCAGAAAUACAAAAAGAGUCUCGAUAGCAACUCGAAUGUCUUAAUUGUCAAUCCAGGUUAUGGGCUUCUCGAGUUUAUUAACAGGUACAUAUGGAACAAAGAUGAGGAAAGACCUAAACUCUUCAUUGCAAACGUCGAUAACGACCACGGCACUAUCAUCAAUUCUAAAGGUUUCACAUUAAGGAUUAAUAAGAACCCUAUCCCAAUUAGCAUUACUAAAGUACCUGACAGAAUUAAAAAUUACACCUAUGAGAAAACAUUAAAAGAAGAAUGGACUGAAACAUUUCCUUUAAUGCAGCUUUUAGCUAAACUUAAAGAACCGACUAAAAGUCAUCAUAUUUUCCAACCCUCUUUCCACCAGUAUGGUGUUUUCAUGCUGAUUAAGUGCGAAAGGCUCCUCAUAGAUUCAUGUGUUGAGCCGCUUGCAGUAUUGUUUGAGAGCCAGAGAUACGGUGAGUUACUGAAAUCCCCUUUUUUCCAACAGCUAGUCGAUGAACUAUUAACUGAGCAAAUCAAUAUUUUGAACAUCUGUUACCCCUUCCUGCGAAGUACCCCACACUUUGACGCUGUAUUCAAUAAAGACAUACUAAAAAAGGUGAUCCACAAACAUAUUUAUGAUAGACGAUUUAUGAGACCACGUAUGCUGGAAAAUUCAAAGGCCUUGAACAAAACUAACAUCAAUCAAUUAACAGGGUAUUUCAUUUCUUUAGCUAAAUAUAAGAAAAUUCCUGUUCCUAAGAAUGAAAUGGUGUUCAACCUUGUUAGAGGUAAAAUCCAGUCAACCAAAGAUAGAGCAUUAUUUUGGAGCUUGUAA